AAAUUUUCCUACUUUCCUCCUCUAAUAGCUUGAUUAAGCACUAAUCAGUAAUCACUCUUCUUAAUCCAUUUUUCUCAAUUAAUCUCCCUCCUUUUUCUUCUUCUUCUCACUCACUCUGAAUGAAACAAACAACGUUUUCCACAUUAACCCUCCACUCUCUUUUCCCUUUCUGCUUUUGCAUCAUUCAUUCAUUCUCAAACCCAAAUUCCCAGUCACUCUGCACUGCAAUUUCCCUUUUCUUCGCAAUGUGUGAAUUCCAAUUCCAAUUCGACGGUGGUGAAUGAUGAUGAUGAUUCAACACUGAAGCUGAUUUCCUAGGGUUUUGCUUGUUUCUCGCAUUUUGUGGAAUGAGAGCUCAUGGCACUUGCUAAUGCUGCAGUGAUUGGACCCUCUUUGUAUGGCGUUGCUCGCAUCGGUUACUAUGAACCAAAGGUUCCGUUUCUGGGUUCCCACGGGGACGCGGGUUCUGGGUUUGGUGGUUCCUCUGCGUUUUGUGUUGGAUCCCAUGCGGGGAAGAGUGAUGUUGUGCUUGAAAGGAGGAAGUUGAAGAACGUUGAUAACAAUGUACGCGUUGUUGAAAGUGCCCAGAUGAAAUUCACUGUUGAAAUCCCUGUUUCUUGCUACCAGCUUAUUGGUGUUCCUGAUCGAGCUGAGAAAGAUGAAAUUGUUAAGGCAGUUAUGGGUCUCAAAAAUGCAGAAAUUGAAGAAGGUUACACCAUAAGUGUUGUUGCAUCUCGCCAGGAUCUUCUUAUGGAUGUUAGGGAUAAACUUCUUUUUGAGCCGGAAUAUGCUGGGAACCUUAAAGAAAAGAUUCCCCCUAAAUCUUCCCUUCGUGUUCGUUGGUCUUGGUUGCCUGCUGCUUUAUGCCUUCUUCAAGAGGUUGGAGAAUCGAAGCUUGUGCUGGACAUUGGACGGACAAGUCUUCAGCAGCAAGAUGCCAAGCCAUAUACAGAUGAUUUAGUUCUUUCUAUGGCGUUAGCUGAGUGUGCAGUUGCAAAGAUUGGCUUUGAGAAGAACAAAGUAUCUCAAGGUUUCGAAGCUCUUGCCCGUGCCCAGUGUCUUCUAAGAAGUAAACCAUCUCUUGCAAAAAUGACACUGCUUUCUCAGAUUGAAGAAUCUCUUGAAGAGCUUGCACCUGCUUGCACCUUGGAACUCCUGAGCAUGUCAAAUACCCCUGAAAAUAUUGAUAGGAGACGUGGAGCAAUUGCAGCUUUGCGAGAACUGCUUAGACAGGGUCUUGAUGUCGAAGCUUCAUGCCAAGUACAGGACUGGCCUUCCUUUCUAAGCCAAGCAUUGGGCUGUUUGCUGGCUAAUGAGAUAGUUGAUCUCCUUCCUUGGGAUAGCUUAGCUGUGAUGCGAAAGAAUAAGAAGACAAUCGAAUCACAGAAUCUAAGAGUAAUAAUUGAUUCAAGUUGUUUCUAUCGAGUUUUUACAGCUCAUUUGGCACUUGGAUUUUCCAGCAAGCAUAAAGAAUUGAUUCACAAAGCAAAAAACAUAUGUGAAUGUUUGAUAGCUUCAGAGGGCUUUGAUCUGAAAUUUGAGGAAGCUUUCUGCUUAUUCCUUCUUGGACUGGGCACAGAGGCUGAGGCGGUUGAAAAGCUGAAGCAGCUUGAGCUGAACUCAAAUCCAAAACAUAACUCUGUCUUGGGGAAGGCAAUAAUGGAUGCUUCUGAUGCUAACCCAUCUUUGGAAAUGUGGCUGAAGGAUUCGGUGCUUGAUUUGUAUCCAGAUACUAAAGGUUGUUCUCCAGCUCUGGCUAGUUUCUUUAAUGCUCAAAAGAAAAUUUCUGGAAGCAAGAACUCUAAAGGAGCUACACAAACAUCUUCUACUAUAUGUCAUAGACCUCUGUCCUCCUCUGGAUCUGUAGAGCGAAGAGAUUUUGAGGAACCUCGCUCAUAUAUGAGCUCUUCUCCAAAUCUAGGUUUUGCAGUUAAGCAGCUGGCUCCUACUGAUUUGCAGAGUUCACUGUUAUCUGGCAAAAAUGAAAAUGGACCCAAUCUUAGCGAGUCACCUGUUAAAGUGAAAAGGAGCCUUGGCACUCAUCACAAUGGAGUCUGGGAUAGUCACUUCACCGGUGCACACAUAUUUGAAAGAAUAACACAUUUUACUGUACUGGGUUGUAUUGCAUUUGCUACAAUUAAGUUGUUGGGAAUAAACAUAAGCAAGAAUUUUACUGGUUCUAAUUGGGCUUUCACAAAAGCCAAUCAUAACAUUGCUUGGACUGCAGAUUCAUCUUCUAACUACCCUGUAGGUCCAUAUAUGAGACGGAGUACUAUUUCCGACAAACUUGAGAGAAUCCUGUCAAGGGUGAAGAUACAUUUCUUGCACCGGUCAGAUGCUGGGUUUCGAAGUGAUUUACACACUGCUCAUAGCUCUUCAUCCUUCUCUAUUAAAGUGUACAGGAGGCAGAUGCCUGUGGAAGAAGCAGAAACCCUUAUUAGGCAAUGGCAAGAAAUCAAAGCUGAAGCUUUGGGGCCUAGCCAUGAAGUUAAUUCCCUUGCGGAAGUCCUUGAUGAACCCAUGCUUGCUCAGUGGCAAGCUUUGGCUGACGCUGCAAAAGAAAAAUCUUGUCACUGGAGAUUUCUUUUGCUGAAAUUAUCUGUCCUUAGAGCUGACAUUCUAUCAGAUGGAAAUGAAACUGACAUGGCAGAAAUUGAAGCUCUUUUAGAGGAAGCAGCUGAACUUGUGGAUAGUUCUCAGCAAAAAAAUCCAAACUACCUUAGCACUUAUAAAGUUAGGUAUGUUUUGAAGAUGCAAGAUGAUGGAUCAUGGAAGUUCUGCGAAGGUGAUAUACGAACACCAUGAUAUUUGGGCUUCAUAUUGUACCACGCCACGAUAACUGAUAUUGCAGCUAACUUGGAUCCUUCUCUAGAUCCCAUUUAGGCAGAUGAUGACAUCUUAAGAAUUUCCCUUUAUGCAAUUUGAGUAAGCUAAGUUGUGUAUCCUCCAUCCCCUCCUUUACUAGCUCAUAAUUACCUGUAAAGAACUCAUAUUCAUAGCUGUUUACCAGGAAAUUCUUUGAUUAGCAAUUCUUUUUUCUAGUGUACCGUGAAAAGCAAACAGAAGUAAUGUGAAAAGCCAAAUAUUUUUUCA